AUGCAACAAUUAUUGUCUCCCACCAUCUCGUAUCCAUCUCCACUUUUCCAUAUAACUUCCCAUCCUUUCCCUCCAAAACCCCACUUUUUUCUUAGAGAAAGGUUGAGCUUUUACACCCCACCAAAAACGGCUUCUUUUUCUGGGUUUUUAGCCAAGGCACAGAUGGAAAUGACUUCUGUUGGUGAUGGUGGAAAUGGUAUUUCUUCGCUGAUGGAUUUUGUUGGGAAAGGAGGACUAGAUGUGGGAGAUGACUUAGUUGUUUUGCUUUACCAUAUACAAUUUGCUUGCAAGAGAAUUGCUGCUCUUGUGGCUUCUCCUUUUAAUUCUGCUCUCUCCAAACAUUCAGCUCUCACCGCUGCCGCUUCUUCUGAUAGGGAUAAGCCGAAGCCGCUUGAUCUUGUGGCCAAUGAAAUCAUAUCGUCAUCUCUUAGAAAUUCAGGUAAAGCUUCAGUCAUGGCAUCAGAGGAAGAUGAUGGUCCAAUUUGGAUCAAUGAUGAUGGUCCCUUUGUGGUGGUAUUGGAUCCCCUCGAUGGUUCUCGAAAUAUAGAUGCUUCCAUUCCUACUGGAACAAUCUUUGGGGUAUAUAACCGGCUCACGGAGCUCAAUAAUCAACCCGUGGAAGAGAAGGCAUUGCUUAAUUCGCUACAAAGGGGGACGAAGCUCGUAGCUGCCGGCUAUGUCCUCUAUUCUUCUGCCACGAUUCCAUGCGCUAGCUUUGGCUCAGGGACACAUGCAUUUACCUUGGAUCAUACAACAGGAGACUUUAUUCUCACACAUCCAAGCAUUAGAAUUCCGCCUCGAGGCCAAAUAUAUUCUGUCAACGAUGCGCGGUAUUUCGAUUGGCCUGAAGGUCUAAGGCGAUAUAUUGAUACAGUGAGACAAGGAAAAGGCAAAUACCCAAUGAAAUAUUCAGCUCGAUAUAUAUGUUCGUUGGUUGCUGAUUUCCAUAGGACUCUGUUGUAUGGUGGAAUAGCAAUGAAUCCAAGGGAUCAUUUGCGGCUGGUUUACGAGGCAAAUCCUCUCAGUUUUCUUGCGGAGCAAGCUGGAGGCAAAGGUUCGGAUGGUAAAAGUAGAAUUCUUUCGAUCCAACCGGUGAAAUUGCAUCAAAGAUUGCCUCUCUUUUUGGGUAGCUGUGAAGAUAUAAAUGAGCUAGAAAGUUAUGGAGAUGUUCAACAGAAAGUAAACCCUGGGUAUGAAGUUUGAUCACUUUGUUCUUUCGAACAGUUUGUCACUUGUUUU